UUAUGUUUACUUAUAUUUAGUAUACUUAAAAUAAUUAUAAUUUAAUAGCGCUGUGUUCGCGUUGGCACACUGAAUCUUGCUGCCUGCCUGCAGCAGUUGACGAGUUGUAGUUAAAUCGUGUGGCAACACCCAUCUAGCAUAGUAUCCAAACUCAAGUAUAGUUCGAUAUUAUAACCAAUGGCCACAAUCGAUGGAAGACCGGCACAGUAUGGGAUAUCACUUAAACAAUUACGAGAGCUCAUGGAGCAUCGUGGCAGGGAGGGUGUGGCAAAAAUAAGUGAUUUCGGUGGAAUUCAUGAGUUAUGCAAAAAGUUAUAUACAUCCCCAAAUGAAGGCCUCAGCGGGUCAAAAGCUGAUGAGGAGCACAGACGUGAAACGUUUGGCUCAAAUGUAAUACCACCGAAACCCCCAAAAACAUUUUUGACACUAGUCUGGGAAGCGCUUCAAGAUGUUACACUUAUUAUUUUAGAGGUAGCUGCGUUAGUAUCCCUUGGUCUAUCAUUUUAUAAGCCUGCUGACGAGGAUGCGCCAUUACUCCAAGAAGAAGAUGAACAUCACGGGUGGAUUGAGGGUCUCGCUAUACUUAUUUCGGUCAUUGUAGUCGUCAUAGUAACAGCUUUUAAUGAUUACUCAAAGGAGCGACAAUUUCGCGGGCUGCAGAACCGUAUAGAAGGCGAGCACAAAUUCUCCGUAAUUCGUGGUGGUGAGGUAUGCCAAAUUUCGGUUGGGGACAUCCUUGUCGGCGAUAUUGCUCAGAUCAAGUAUGGCGACCUUUUACCUGCCGAUGGCUGCCUUAUACAAAGCAAUGAUCUAAAGGUGGACGAGUCUUCCCUGACUGGCGAAUCAGAUCAUGUUAAAAAGGGCACUGAGGCCGAUCCAAUGGUUUUAUCCGGCACGCACGUUAUGGAGGGCAGUGGCAAAAUGGUAGUAACAGCCGUUGGCGUUAAUUCCCAGGCCGGUAUUAUUUUCACUCUGCUUGGAGCCGCUGUAGACGAGCAAGAAGCAGAAAUUAAAAAGAUGAAAAAGGAAGCUAAAAAGGCGGGCAAGCAAAAGAGCAAGAGCCUGACAGGUGAGAAUGACGGCCGAAUACCAAUAAAAGAAACAUCCCAUGUUUCGCAGCCACGAGGUGCUAGUGAGGCUGUUAAGUCGGAAUCGGACGGAAAUCACGUGCAGCAGUCCUCAACGCCAGCCCCCGAAACAGGACACAAAAAGGAAAAGUCUGUGCUGCAGGCAAAGCUUACGAAGCUGGCUAUACAAAUUGGCUACGCUGGUUCCACUAUAGCUGUUCUCACGGUUUUUAUUCUGAUUAUCCAAUUCUGUAUCAAGACGUUUGUGAUUGAUGAAAAGCCAUGGAAGAACACGUAUGCUAAUAAUUUGGUUAAGCAUUUGAUUAUUGGUGUCACAGUAUUGGUCGUGGCCGUGCCUGAGGGCCUUCCACUGGCUGUAACGCUCUCUUUAGCAUACUCGGUGAAGAAAAUGAUGAAGGAUAAUAACUUAGUGCGUCAUUUGGAUGCUUGCGAAACUAUGGGUAAUGCUACUGCAAUUUGCUCUGAUAAGACUGGUACGCUUACGACAAAUCGUAUGACUGUUGUACAAUCUUACAUUUGCGAGAAGUUAUGCAAGGUGCUACCAACGCUUACUGACAUACCACAGCAUGUGGGCAAUUUAAUCACAAUGGGAAUAUCAGUUAACUCGGCUUAUACCUCCAAUAUAAUGCCUGGUCCAAAGCCGGGCGACAUACCAAUUCAAGUGGGCAACAAAACAGAAUGCGCUCUUCUGGGAUUUGUGCAGGGGCUAGGUGUUAAGUAUCAAUCAAUACGGGAUGAAAUUCCAGAGGAUAGAUUCACUCGGGUUUACACCUUUAACUCUGUACGCAAAAGCAUGGGAACAGUAAUACCUAGACCUAACGGUGGAUAUCGAUUGUACACGAAGGGAGCUUCGGAAAUCAUAAUGAAAAAAUGUGCUUUUAUCUAUGGUCAUGAGGGGGCAUUAGAAAAGUUUACACGCGACAUGCAGGAGCGUCUAAUACGUGAAGUAAUUGAGCCAAUGGCCUGUGAUGGCCUGCGCACAAUUUCUGUCGCUUAUCGCGACUUUGUGCCUGGUAAGGCAGCAAUCAAUGAAGUGCACAUUGACGGCGAACCCAAUUGGGAUGAUGAAGAGAAUAUAAUGUCAAAUCUGACCUGCCUGUGCGUUGUUGGCAUUGAAGAUCCAGUGCGUCCCGAAGUACCUGACGCUAUACGCAAGUGCCAACGUGCCGGCAUCACUGUUCGCAUGGUCACUGGUGACAACAUUAACACAGCACGUUCGAUUGCCAGCAAAUGUGGCAUUUUGCGACCGAACGACGACUUCCUUAUACUGGAGGGUAAAGAGUUUAAUAGACGUAUACGAGACAGCAAUGGUGAUAUCCAACAGCACCUCCUUGAUAAAGUUUGGCCCAAGUUGAGGGUUCUUGCUCGUUCAUCUCCCACCGACAAGUAUACACUGGUUAAAGGAAUGAUCGACAGUGCAGUGACUGAUAAUCGGGAAGUAGUUGCGGUAACAGGCGAUGGAACCAAUGACGGUCCAGCCCUAAAGAAGGCCGAUGUUGGAUUUGCAAUGGGAAUUGCCGGCACUGAUGUAGCUAAGGAGGCGUCGGACAUCAUUCUCACCGACGAUAACUUCAGUAGCAUUGUCAAGGCUGUUAUGUGGGGACGCAAUGUUUAUGAUUCAAUAGCAAAGUUCUUGCAGUUUCAGUUAACAGUAAAUGUCGUCGCUGUCAUUGUUGCAUUUAUUGGUGCUUGUGCGGUACAAGAUUCGCCGCUAAAAGCCGUUCAGAUGUUAUGGGUCAACCUCAUUAUGGACACACUCGCAUCUCUUGCUUUAGCAACGGAAGUGCCGACGCCUGAUCUUUUGCUUCGUAAGCCAUAUGGGCGCACAAAACCACUUAUAUCACGCACAAUGAUGAAAAACAUAUUGGGACAAGCCCUAUAUCAGUUGGUCAUCAUAUUUGGGCUGCUGUUUGUUGGCGAUUUAAUACUCGAUAUCGAAUCUGGACGCGGGCAGGAUCUUAACGCAGGACCAACCCAACAUUUCACAAUAAUAUUCAACACGUUCGUCAUGAUGACACUCUUUAACGAAAUCAAUGCUAGGAAAAUACAUGGUCAACGUAAUGUUAUUGAGGGACUCUUCACCAAUCCCAUAUUUUACACCAUCUGGAUAUUCACAAUGAUUUCUCAGGUUGUAAUUAUCCAAUACGGAAAGAUGGCUUUCUCAACAAAAGCGCUCUCCCUCGACCAAUGGUUGUGGUGUGUAUUCUUUGGAAUCGGAACACUAGUCUGGGGACAAUUAAUCACUUCAGUGCCUACAAGAAAAUUGCCUAAGAUAUUAUCUUGGGGUCGUGGACAUCCGGAAGAGUAUACAGAUGCCAUGAAUUUAGGUGAGGAGCGGUUCGACUCCAUUGACUCUGAUAAGAAACCAAGAGCUGGACAAAUUCUGUGGAUACGUGGGCUAACUCGUCUGCAAACUCAAUUGCGCGUGAUUCGUGCAUUCCGCUCGACCCUGGAAGACCUAAACGAACGGCGCUCAAUGCACAGUUUGCAUAGCUUGCGUAGCCCCCGGACGGGCAUGCCAACAGGCAGUGGUGUUCACCCGCUCUACAAUUUAAAUCUGUUGAGCCCCAAUUACAGCAGCAAACAGCAUCAGCACCACCAACAUCAGCAGCCGCCGCCGCAUCAGCAGCAGCAGCAGCAUGUUUCUAAUGCAACUCUGCCCUCCGAUAUAUCUUACAUAGACGAAGAUCCACAGCAGCAGCAGCAGCAGCAUCGCAUUUUGCAAAACGGAGUCAAUUCCUCUGCAUCCACAGCAAACCUUACACCCCCCUCACAGCAGCAUUUAUCAUCACACUCAUCUGUUCGAUCUGCUGGCAGCGGCUUCGGUGACGUUGUCCUGCAGCAGUUAAACGAACAUCAGCCAAAAAAUGGACAGAACGAAACACGAAUUUAAGACAGAGGCCACCUUGAAAGACAAUAUAAAUACAGUCGACGCUGAGAGCACACUCUAUUUUUAACAUUUUACGCUCCUUAAGCUGUGAGCGCGAGAGUACCAAUUUAAUUUUUGUUGUGAUUAACUAAUCUAAGUGUUUAUAUUGUCUUUGCCUUCUUCAAAGUCUAAAAUCAAAAGCUAUAUGCAUAGAUGUGUUAUCUACGUGCAGAUGUAUGAUGUAUGUACAUAUAAAACUAACCAGACGGCUGGCCAUGGAAUCAAUGAAAUAUAUUAUACAUACACGCUCUGUCAUAUACCAUAUUGAGAUUCACACACAAAUGUAUAUGUAUACAUAUAUAAACAAAAAUACAUAUGUUUAUCAAUGAACACCCUUGCGCGCGCUUUCCCGGGCAUAUUAUCCAUACAUACACGUAUUACAUACAUUUAUAUAUACAUAUAUAUGAAGCGUGUUUGUCGUAUUCCGAUAAUUAUGUACUCAAUAAGAUACCUAAUUAAUUAAAUAUUAGCGCUUAGCAAAUGUUAUUUAAUCGCAUGAUUUUGUAUACUUUUAAUCUUUUAAUUUUUAUAUAAAUUAAUAUUAUUCUUGUGGAACUCGUAUUAUUAACUAUAUGAAAAAAAAUCCAAACAAAAUGUGCAUCAUUAUUUGCUUGGUGCGUGUGUGUAUGCGUAUGAAUGAGUUAAAGGAUCAGACAACUGUAAGAACACAGUAUUCUAGGGUGGAUGUGGAAUCCGAAGCUAUGGCAAGUACUUACCAACGCAGUUCAUAAAAUACAUACUAAUUGAAAUCUAAAGUUAGGCAACAUGAAUCGCCAUAUGCGUAAUGCUCGGGUACGAAGCAAAUAUCUUUCGAAUAAUAGAAUUAAAAUAAUUUAACAAACAUUCAACAUUAAUCAACAAUAGCAUACAUCGUAAAGGUAACUGUAACUGUGCUUGUUUUUAAACGACAGAUACGCCUUGUGAAAGGCGUUUUUUCACAGUUUUACAGUUACCUUUAUGUGUUUAAAAAAAAUGAAGCGAAACUCAGAUAAACUUUGGUAAUUUUUGGGACUAAAGAAUUAUAAAGGACAAAACCAUGUUUCAUGUGAAGUGAGGUAUCAUAUUUUAGCAGAGAACAGCUUAUGUAUAUACGUACAUACUUGUGUACAUAUAUUCAUUAUGUCGUAAUUCUUUAUAUGCGAUGGACAGUGGACAGCAAAGAAUCAUGUACAAUCAUCGACACACACUUCAGCUUAUUUUCAAAACAUUCAAAAGGACAAAUACGUACUUACGUAAGAGCUAGGAUGGUACAAUUUUUGAUAACUUCAGUAAACAUUUCAGCUUGCUAGCUCUGACGGUUAGGGCUGUGCGUUGAUUACCAAUCAGUCAGUCACACAAGAAACACAGUUUUAUAUAUAGAGAUAACAUUAUAAUAUUCGUAUAUUAUUAAGUUUUAAGUCAUGUAUACUUAAAAUAUGAAUUGGUUUAUCUACGCAUGCAGCAUACAUAUAAGCAUAAUCUUCUAUCAAUAAAUCAUUCGGCGCACCAUGUGUAUAAUUUAGUAAUGAAGUUUGAGUAUAUCCUUUUAUAUUCUUUCGGUGAAUAUCACUUUUACAUUUUCUACACAAAUUUCUAUUAAUAACUUUCCGAGAUUAUAUCAUUGUUUACAGUCGUUAUCACAAAGGCAUGUAUACUUCAUAUAAUUUUAAUGAUAGUUAUACAUGACAGAUGCUAAUAUAUCAGUUACUGGGCCUUUAUAAUUUCAAUCAGAAAACAAACGUAAUAAGUACUACAUUAUAAAUCCUUUUUGACACCGUACAACGCAAUUCUUCAGACCCUAACAAAUCACUUCUGUUUAAAGUUUCUGUGGUCCUGCAGACUCUACCGAUUUCACAAAUAUAGUUAAUCACUUAUUUAUAGAUUAAUGAAAAAUGAUGUGAGCAAGAAUAAUAUCAGUGUUAUCAUUAAUAAAAGAAUAAUCACGUGUCAGACAACUUUUUAAAUUAUCUUAGUAAAUGAGCAUAAAUUGAAAAUUUCGCCCAUUCAAAUUUUUACCGUAAUUUUUUAUCCAAGAGGGGAGGAUUUCGCGAAAUGAGGGAAACUCGUAUCAGGUCAUUUUAAAAAGAUCUACAAAAAUUAUUUUGAAGCCGAUCGGUUGGUAAAUAAGAAAAUAUUCAUACAACCGGUUUUAACUUAAUUUACCAGAGUUGGAAUGCACCAAAACCUCGUCAGACAAACAUUAGUAUGUGUAUAGAGAUUUUUGUGGAUGCUAUCUGCAAAUGUAUAUAGGUCUUAGAUCUGAUUGACAUGAAAUGCAUACAUAUAUUUGGAUGUAAACCAAUUCAGUACAUGCCCAUAGAAACGCAUAGGUUUAUGACGCCCAACAAUUUACCAUACAUGCACAUUUACAUACAAAUUUACAUUUACAAAUACACAAUAUACAUAUUUACCUAUGUACAUAUUUCACAAUGGUGCAUUUAUUUUGAAUUCGAACCUUUAUUCAUUAUAUAUUUAUGAGUUUUUAAGACAGUCAAUCCCAGUUCACAAACGUACAUAUACAUAUAUACGUCUGCCAAUAUAUACCCAAAUCCCAAUCCUCUAAACCUCAAAGUUCAUCCAAAAACAAAAUUCACCAGAAAAUUACAAUCACAAUGUACAGAAAGUAUGCAUAAUCAACAUUUUUACUUUAUUCAAAAAUAGGUCUGCGCACAGUAUGUCCUGCAUACUA